CGGUCCUGGCUUUGUAGCUCGCUCAAGAUGGCGGCGCAGCCACCCAGCGGGAUCCGCCUCAGCGCGCUUUGCCCGAAGUUUUUACAUACAAAUUCUACUAGUCACACUUGGCCAUUCAGUGCAGUUGCUGAAUUAAUAGAUAAUGCUUAUGAUCCUGAUGUGAAUGCUAAACAGAUAUGGAUUGACAAGACAGUGAUAAAUAAACAUAUAUGCUUGACCUUCACUGAUAAUGGGAACGGGAUGACUUCAGAUAAAUUACAUAAAAUGCUAAGCUUUGGCUUUAGUGACAAAGUCACCAUGAAUGGUCAUGUCCCCGUUGGAUUGUAUGGGAAUGGCUUCAAGUCAGGUUCCAUGCGCUUGGGUAAAGAUGCCAUCGUUUUUACCAAAAACGGAGAAAGCAUGAGCGUGGGCUUCUUGUCUCAGACCUACUUGGAAGUCAUAAAAGCAGAACACGUUGUUGUUCCCAUAGUAGCAUUCAACAAACACCGACAGAUGAUAAAUUUAGCAGAAUCGAAAGCAAGCCUUGCUGCAAUUCUGGAACAUUCUUUGUUUUCUACGGAACAGAAAUUACUGGCAGAACUUGAUGCAAUUAUGGGUAAGAAGGGGACAAGGAUCAUCAUUUGGAAUCUCAGAAGCUACAAAAAUGCAACAGAGUUUGAUUUUGAUAAGGAUAAAUAUGACAUCAGAAUUCCUGAAGAUUUAGAUGAGACCACAGGGAAGAAAGGGUACAAAAAGCAAGAAAGAAUGGAUCAAAUUGCUCCUGAGAGUGACUACUCCCUGAGGGCUUACUGCAGUAUUUUAUAUCUGAAACCAAGAAUGCAGAUCAUCUUGCGCGGACAGAAAGUGAAGACACAGUUAGUCUCCAAGAGUCUUGCCUACAUCGAACGUGAUGUUUAUAGACCCAAAUUUUUAACUAAAACAGUGAGGAUUACUUUUGGAUUCAACUGCCGAAAUAAAGAUCAUUAUGGGAUAAUGAUGUAUCACAGAAAUAGACUUAUAAAAGCCUACGAAAAAGUUGGAUGUCAGUUAAGGGCAAACAACAUGGGUGUUGGAGUCGUUGGAAUUAUAGAGUGUAAUUUCUUAAAGCCAACUCAUAAUAAACAAGAUUUUGACUAUACAAAUGAGUACAGGCUUACGAUAGCAGCACUUGGGGAUAAACUGAAUGAUUACUGGAACGAAAUGAAAGUGAAGAAGAACUCAGAAUACCCUCUAAACUUGCCUGUUGAAGACAUACAGAAACGUCCUGAUCAGACAUGGGUACAGUGUGAUGCCUGCCUAAAGUGGCGAAAAUUACCAGAUGGAAUAGAUCAACUUCCAGAAAAAUGGUAUUGCUCCAAUAACCCUGACCCACAGUUCAGAAAUUGUGAAGUUCCUGAAGAGCCUGAAGAUGAGGAUUUGGUUCAUCCCACCUACGAGAAAACCUACAAAAAGAAAGACAAGGAAAGAUUCAGGAUCAGACAACUGGAUAUGAUCCCUCGGAUUAAUGCUGAAUUGUUUCGUACACCUCCUCUGUCGAGUGCAGGCUUUUCUUCCGUGCAGGAAAGUGUGCCAAGAGGGCAUCAUUCAGAAGUCACGAAUACUUACUCAACAAGGAUUUUAAAUAACCACCGAGUCUCUCCCCAAGCUGAGCCUGAGAGCAACAGUAUGAAACGGAGACUUACUUCUACUCAUAGUCCCUCAGUUUUGAAUGCAAAACAUCGGAGAUUGACUAAUCAGACAUUUGAAAAUUCAACUUACAAAGAUGAUGACGAUGAGGAUGUCAUCAUCUUAGAAGAAAACAGUACCCCCAAGCCCUCUGUCGAUCUUGAGAUCGAAGUGAAACCGGAAACGAGUCACGUGGAGCAGACUGGGGCUCGGACAGAGCCCAUGGGGACGAAUGAAGCGUGUACGCAGACUCGUUCGGCGGGCACCUCCGCGCCCAGCAGCGACCAGGGAACUUCUGCCGCCACUCAGACCGAAGUACCCGGCCUGAUCGUUAAGAAGGAAGAGACCAUCGAAGAUGCCAUCGACUCGAGAAAUGAUACUACCCUCCCACCGCCCUGUGUGGAAGGGGAAGGAAAGAAACCGGAAGCUCAGGAGACCUGUGACAAGUCCAGGGGGGAUGCCAGCUGCCAGUUGAGUGAACUGCGGAAGCAGCUCUCCCUGGCCACCCAAGAGAAAGAGAAGUACGAAAGGCAGUGUCACGUGUUUACCGAGCAAAUCAGAGCGUUACAGCAGAAAAUAGCAGAAAUGAACGCCAGGUACGUCAAGAAGGAAAUGUGCCAUCAGUCAACCGAAACUGAUGCAGUGUUUCUGCUUGAAAGUGUUAAUGGCAAAUCUGAAAGUCCAGACCACGUGGUCUCUCAGUAUCAGCAGGCGCUGGAAGAGAUCGAAAGGCUGAAGAAGCAGUGUAGCACUUUGCAGCGCGUGAAGACCGAGUGCAGUCAGUGUUCCGGUAGCGAGAGCAAAAGUGAGGUGGACGAAAUGGUGGUGCAGCUGGACGACGUGUUCAGGCAGCUGGACAAGUGCACUACAGAGAGAGACCAGUAUAAAAGCGAGGUUGAAUUACUGGAAGUAGAAAAAUCACAAAUCCAUUCACAGUGUGAAGAACUGAAAACUGAAAUCCAGCAAUUGAAAUCCACAAGUCAACAAGCUGGGGCAGAUGUUUCAACUUCAAGUAACAUUGAAGAGUCUGUAAACUUUGUGGAUGGAGAAAGCCUCAAACUUCGAUCUCUUCGCGUUAAUGUAGGACAACUGCUGGCCAUGAUUGUACCUGAUCUCGACCUUCAGCAAGUGAAUUACGAUGUUGAUGUUGUUGAUGAGAUUUUAGGACAAGUUGUGGAACAAAUGAGUGAAAUAAGUAGUACUUAACAUCUGUUUUAUGCAAGAUAAUAAAAACAUUUGCUCAAUACUUUUUGGUUGUACAGCUUUCAAAAUGUAAAGGAAGAUUUUUUUUCUACAUAGUUCUGAUAGGUAUCAGGCUGAAGAACCACACCUCUACUAUUCUAUGCACUCUGAUAUGUCCACGAGUGUAGUGGGCGUAUUGUCACCACACCCUUUGAAAUAUCUAUGAAUCAUCGGUAUUGGGCAGCUGAAGCGCUAACUCUUUCUGUUUAAAAAUGUAAAUAUUUGUAAAUAAGUUUGCACAUAUUUUUUUAUUACCCUAGAGGACUUGUGUUUUUCACCAAGAACUUUCCAGGUUGCCUGUAACCUAUGUGCAAUCUUUUCUGGUUCCCCAAAGUGUAUUUUUCUCCGACUUGAGGGCUGUGCCAUAAAUGCAAAUGGAAAUGUUACUUUUGAUUUUCUUACAGAGGUGUUUUAAGCAGGAUUUUUAAAAAAAUGUAUUAACUCCUGAUAAGAUAAGUUUUAAUUGGAUUAAGCAUUGAUGUUUGAUUUCUAUCAAUUCCUGUCUCCUGAAAUAAUUUAUUCAUGAAAAUAAGGUAAGCUGAAAUUGACUCCCAUGAAUUUUGUCAGGGUUUUUCUUGUGCUGAGAUUGCCAAUCAUGUUUGAAUACAAAGUGUUUCUAUGGAAUAAAUCAAGGAGUUUCGGUAUUUAAAAGAAGUAUAAGGGCAGGGACCAUGGGUCACCAGUGCAGUUCAUGCCUUGCAUGUGUGAGGCCCUGGGUUUGAUCCCUGGCACUGCAAAAAUAAUAUAUUAAUAAGGCACCAUACUUAUUAGCUGCCCCACCACAUUUGCUUUGAAACCCAUUUUUGGCUGCUGAGUCAGCGUGGAGUGGGCACUGUAAUUGUUUAAUAUUUCUUUUUGUGAAAUUUCCUGUACAGCCUUUUGUAGGAUUACUACAGGAUAAUUUAACGUGAGUUGAGGAAGACAAUCUUUCUCGAACAAUACUGCAUACCUUUUAUUAUAUUACAGAUCUAAGUGUUUUAUAUCCUGGAGUUAAGCAACAAACUGCCCUAGGAUGAUAAGUAUUACAUGCCAUAAAAAGUAUGCUUUAUUGGUCCCAUGUUUUGUGCAAUUUUAAAGAGAUGGCUUUCUAUUAAGUAUAACUGUAUAUAUACUUAAGAACCAUAUUUUCCACAACUAAAAUGUGCAUUAUUUUUUCAAAGUUUUAUCAUUGCUAUUUAUUUUUACUUUUGUUUCUGAACAUUCAGUACGUGUUCCUUUUGUAUGUAUGCCUAAUUUCAUGUCUGUCAUAUACAAUAUUAAAUUUUUACUGCACAUUAAUGUCUAAAAAAGCAAAUAAAUGAAGAUUGUCUUUAUUUGCUUGAUAAAGUAAUUGAAAGUGUAUUUUUGGAAAGAAGCUGGUUUUCUGUCAUAAUUGUACCUGCCCAAAUUUUAAAGUAUCUUGUAAUAAAAUAAAGAUAAGUAUGGCUAUCUCUUCA